AUGGUUGAAUUAUUUCUUAUGAAAGAUGAACAUAAAUCUCAAGUAUUUAAUUUAUUAAUUGGUUCAUUUUUUCUUCAAGAACCACUGAAUGAACGUCUAGCAUUCAAUCUGCCACAUGAACCACUUGAAUCAACAGAAUUCCUUUUGAAAAUAGCUGUUGCUGAUCAAUGUUCGUAUGUUGCUCUGGAUACAGCAACAAGCAAUGUCGUAGGUGCCAUCAUUAAUAAUAUUGAAAACAGACAUGACAAUGAUGAUACGAUGGAUUUUAAAUCAGAAAACUUACGUUAUAUUUAUGAAUUAAUAAAAAAUAUUCAUCAGAAUAUUAAUUUAUUUGAUAUAUUAAAUGUUGAACGUCUCUUGCACAUAGGUAUUGUUAAUGUUGAUGAGACGUAUCGUGGUCAUAAAUUGAGUCAACGAUUGAUUACUGCCAGUUUAGAACGAGCUAAACAAUUGGGUAUUCAUGGAGCUUAUACCGAAGCAACAAGUACCUAUUCAUGUAAAUCAUUUAUUAAAAACGAUUUUAAGACAUAUAAAGAACUUAUCUAUGCGACGUACGAUAAAGAACGAUUAUCAAAUUUGGGAGAACAUGACAGAUGUACACUAUUAGCUAAAAUAUUUUAG